CUCCUAAGUUCCCAAUUGGAUUUCUCCUCCGUUGCACUCUGCUGCCGUCUUCUAUGGCGUCGUCGUCAUCCGUCGUUGGGUGGUCAUUGUCUCUCUGCGUCGCCCAUAGGUGCUCUGUUCUGCUCCGCUCGUCCGCCAUGCCUAUUGCAUCCCCUCGUCCCGCCUUGCCUCACAGCGCCUCGCGGUGCCUUGCCUUAAAUCGCCGCUCCUCGACUCCGCGUUUUGCUGUCUGGACUGGUUCGGCAACAACAGAGGCAUACAGGUUCUACUUGUAAAAGUUUGGGCUGCAAUCCUCAAGGCAUUACUGCUGACAGGCUUUGAUGCUUGGUUCCGCAAUACCGAAGAUCGGUGGUAAAAGCAAAGGCCUCAGAUACAACUGAAUGUGCUGCUAUGGUUAAUACCAAUUCCCGCAAAGACUUUCUUGGAUUGGCUUUGGGAAUCUCAAGCCUCUUUGUUGGUUCAUUGGAAGCCAAAGGAGCUGAUUUAUCCCCGGAAGAUAAGCCGAAACUAUGUGAUGAAGCUUGUGAAAAGGAGCAUGAUAAUGUAACUAUGGUAACUACUGAAUCAGGUUUGCAAUACAAGGAUAUUAAAGUUGGACAAGGUUCUAGUCCCCAGUUGGAUUUCAGGUAGCAGCUAAUUAUGUAGCAAUGGUUUCUUUUGGACAAGUAUUUGAUAGGUGGUCCAAAAGCAGCAUGUGCUGGUUGUGCUGGCUUUGCGGCAUUCUCAGUCGUUAUAAAAAAAUUCUUAGACAGGCAUGAGUAGUUAUCUAUUGAAUUGAAGUCACCCAAUUUUGCAUUCAUUAGGCAUAGCAGGAUUUUCAUAGUGAUAAUCUUUUGCCCAUUUGCUAAAGGGCGCAUACAAAAAUUGUAGUAUUUUAUUUUACAUUGAUUAUUGUUUAUUUGUAUACAAUAUCAAUUGGUGGAUGCAUUCCUCCAAUUUCAAACUAGAUGUAAGUAUGCUCUUAAGUAUUAAUGUAAAGUUUAUUAUGUAAACUGGAUGCAUUAUCAUAAUCAAUACU